GCAGUGAGUUACACCGGGAGCAGACCAGCUGGGUGCCAGGUCCGAACCUCAACGAUAUAGUUUUAAAUAUUUCAUCACUUUUUAGAUAAAACAUUGUACACCAGGUCUAGCUAUGGAGAGUAGAAAUGUUCAUGUUUACUGAAACAUGAUUUGUCUUUGUCAAAAUCAUAAGAGGCGCCUUUUAACACAAAAAGAAAUAUCAGCUACUCUGCCUCAAAUCCAAUUAGUUUAGCUCAGUAUCGGGUUGUUUUUGAUAUUCACGGUGAGACGGUGACCGGGACAACUCGACAUUGGAAUAACUACUAGCAGGGUGCACAGAAAGAGGUGCUGAGGGUGACCAGGCUUUCAUCAUAAUGGAAGCAAAUGCUCACCGAGACCCAGAGUCCAACCGGGCCAUCCGACCUCUGCCGCCGGGCAAUCAGCAGAUCCAUCGGAUCACCAACUUUUACAUCGACAACAUUUUGAGACCCGACUUUGGCAGAAAGAGGAAGAACGGCACUUUGGUCCGGGAUGGACACCGUCCAGGAGGCAUCGUACGAAGAGAUGAGCAAACAGGGAGAAAGUCUUCUAAAAGUCGCAACCCACGGCCCGGUGCCGCGGGAAUCGAGGAGGAGAAGGCGGACACCGGCGCAUCCGAAGGACAGCAUGCGGAAAUUGAGGCCAGGAGGCAUGACCUGAUAGCCGGCGAUGGGCCCGUGAAGGGUCGAGGGGGCGGCGGGGACCGCUGUCGCAGCCCCGAGGCCGGUCCGGCGCCCGCAUCGAAGCCGAUGCUGUGGCCCGCGUGGGUUUAUUGUACCCGGUACUCAGACCGUCCGUCAGCAGGGCCCAGAUCCCGUAAACCAAAGAAGGCCCCCGCCCCGAGUAAAGAGGACAAGCGGCCCCGGACGGCCUUCACCGCGGAGCAGCUCCAGCGGCUCAAAACGGAGUUCCAAAACAACCGGUACCUGACCGAGCAGCGCAGGCAGAGCCUCGCCCUGGACCUCGGCCUCAACGAGUCUCAGAUCAAAAUCUGGUUUCAGAACAAACGGGCCAAAAUCAAGAAAGCCACCGGGAAUAAAAACUCGUUGGCGCUGCAUCUCAUGGCGCAGGGCCUGUACAACCACGCCGGCUCCAAGGACGCCAAGUCGGACAGCGAGUAGAGCACAAGGGGGCUCGGAACAAUGCAAUAAAACGACUCCAGUACCAGCUUUUAUAUUUAAAACCCAAGCACACACCUUAAUGAGACGUUGGCUCCGUCCUUAUGGGUGCGCGUGCGUGCGCGCAGGCUCGUCCUCGGUGCUGCCGUGAUGACGACGUCUAUAGUCCGAGACAAACAUUCCACCUCCAUUUAAUGAGAUAAAAUGAUUAAACAUGAGAUCAAAUGAGAGCUCAUCUGUUACCACGCGACACACAUCACGGGCCAAUUGUGCCUCACGAUGGACGUGUGAUUUCAAAAAGAUUUGCUCCUGAUA